AGACUCCCGUCUGCAAUCUAGCUGGCAAAAAACGCACCCUCUCAGUGUAGAUGCAGCUGCACAGCACAGGGAGAGUGUCAGCCAGCGCCACACGUGUGUGAGUACUGCUCAGAUUCAAACACGUGAACCGGGCUUGCCAGGCAGUGCAGAGGGGAGAAGGCCGGCAUCUUUCGGGAAACAAAUCUGUUUUUGGAAGAUAACAAACUUUGGGAACUCCUCAACUGCAGUUGCCAAAAAAGGGGCGAACAGUGUUUGGCACAUUAUUUCUUAGCAGAUGAACCGAUUCCGGACACAAAUGAAGUACAUUCUGGUCACUGGCGGUGUCAUCUCUGGGAUUGGCAAGGGGAUUAUUGCCAGCAGCGUGGGGACUAUCCUCAAAUCAUGUGGCCUCCACGUCACUGCCAUCAAAAUCGACCCCUACAUCAACAUCGAUGCAGGAACCUUCUCACCCUAUGAGCACGGCGAGGUCUUUGUGCUGGACGAUGGCGGCGAGGUGGAUCUGGACCUGGGGAACUACGAGCGCUUCCUUGAUAUCCGGCUCACCAAAGACAAUAACCUGACCACCGGCAAGAUCUACCAGUCUGUUAUCAACAAGGAGCGCAAAGGGGACUACCUGGGCAAGACUGUGCAAGUCGUGCCUCACAUCACAGACGCCAUCCAGGAGUGGAUGUUGCGCCAAGCCAAGAUCCCUGUGGACGAUGACGAAGUGGAGCCCCAAGUCUGUGUCAUUGAGCUGGGUGGAACGGUGGGUGACAUUGAGAGCAUGCCCUUCAUUGAAGCCUUCCGGCAGUUCCAGUUUAAAGUGAAGCGAGAGAACUUCUGCAACAUCCACGUCAGCCUUGUCCCUCAGCCCAGCGCGACGGGUGAGCAGAAGACAAAGCCGACGCAGAACAGUGUGCGAGAGCUGCGGGGGCUGGGCCUCUCUCCAGACCUGGUGGUAUGUCGCUGCACAAAUCUUCUGGAGACCUCUGUCAAGGAGAAGAUCUCCAUGUUCUGUCACGUGGAGCCGGAACAGGUGAUCUGCGUUCACGACGUCUCGUCCAUCUACCGUGUGCCUCUGCUGCUGGAGGAGCAGGGCGUGAUCAACUACUUCUGCCAUCGCCUGAACCUGCCCAUUGAGCCGCAGCCCCGCAGGAUACUCACCAAGUGGAAAGAGAUGGCUGACAGGUCAGACCGCAUGCUGGAGACCUGUUCGAUCGCCCUGGUCGGCAAGUACACCAAGCUCUCUGACUCCUACGCCUCCGUUAUCAAGGCCCUGGAACACUCUGCUCUCGCCAUCAACCACAGACUGGAGAUCAAGUAUAUCGACUGUGCUGAUCUGGAGUCAUCGACUCUGCAGGACGAGCCUGUCCGAUACCACGAGGCCUGGCAGAAACUGUGCAGCGCAAAUGGCAUUCUUGUCCCUGGAGGGUUUGGGGUUCGAGGCACGGAGGGGAAAAUCCAAGCCAUCUCCUGGGCCAGAAAACAGAAAAAGCCGUUUCUGGGAGUAUGCCUUGGUAUGCAGCUGGCAGUUUGUGAGUUUGCACGCAAUGUUCUCGGCUGGCAAGAUGCCAACUCCACAGAAUUUGAUCCCGAUACCAAAUAUCCAGUGGUGAUUGACAUGCCUGAACACAACCCUGGGCAGAUGGGUGGCACAAUGAGGCUGGGCAAGAGGAGGACCAUCUUCAAAAGCAACAGCUCCAUACUGAGGAAACUGUACGGUGACGUUGACCAUGUUGAUGAAAGACACAGACACCGCUUUGAGGUGAACCCAGAACUGAAGCACCACUUUGAGGAGAAGGGCUUGAGGUUUGUGGGUCAGGACGUGGAGGGGGAGAGGAUGGAGGUCAUUGAGCUGGAUGACCAGCCGUACUUCGUGGGCGUGCAGUACCACCCUGAGUUCACCUCCCGCCCCAUCAAACCCUCCCCUCCCUACUUCGGCCUGCUGCUCGCUGCUGCCGGGAAACUCAACAGCUACCUGCAGAGAGGCUGCCGCCUGUCACCGAGUCGAAUAUCGAUAAAGGAAAAUGUCAUUGUCGCUCAACCUUCACACCCUCUGACUACAUUAAAAAUGGACGAUGUGGAUCGCAAGACUCUGUGCGAGGAACCCAGGAGCAAUGAACCGGAGAGCGAAGUGGAAAACCCCAUGCCGGAAAUCACUCGGGACCUUGAGAACUGCCAGAUCUGGAAAAGUGAAGCAGCUUCCCUCCCUACACUGCUAGCCAUGCAUUGAUCCCUUAAACAACCACACUCUUAAAGGCUCCAAGGAAUAACCCGGAACCUUUGAAAUGACUUUGCCCUUUUCCAUCAAAGCUUCAGCAUUGGCUGUAAUGUAUUUUUAUUGCAUGGGCUUUUGUGACUUGAAGAUUUUUACCGAAUUAAACAGUGUGAGGAUGCUAGCCAUAGUAAUGGUGCUAAAUAUGGAUAUUUUGUGUGGUCUUGUAUUUUAUUUUUAAUUUUUUUUGGUUGCAUCUCUUUGUUUAUCAUGCUGCCAGAAAUAUGUACAAGGGCAUUUCUAAGUUUAUAUUGUGAAGUGCACUGAGCUAUACUGAAAUUAAUUCAAUUGUAUUAUUUACCAUUUCAUUGUCACUAUUCAUGUACUUUUUGUAGACUAGUGCCCAGAGGUAAAAUUUUCGUUUUUGCUGCACCACCCCCCCCUACAGAAAUGGUUUAACUUUUGGAAUUGAUAUACUUUAAGGAUUAAUUUUAGCUUAGGUGUCAACUUUUCUGAAACCUACAGCCUUUCACCUGCAGGUCCUGACUACUUUAUUAGGAACACUUCCCAGAUCGUGCGGUGAAGUCUGUUGUGCAUGAAUUCAAACUUGCUUCAUCUCAUAAGUCUGGUACAUACAAGACCCUGAGUGAUAAUAGCGUAAAGUAUGAGCAGAAUUAGACUUUUAGGCUAACUUCACUACAACUAACCCCUCUUAUAACGAACCCCCAUUUAACGAUCCCAACAGCAAGAACGACCCGGGUACAACGAUCUUAGUACUGACGGAACUUCUUCUCCAGUGUGACUGUUAUUCUCUGAGUGAAAACAAACACCAUGGUUGGCUAAUUCAAAGAUUAAUCUAAUUGAACAAUACCCUAUAGUAGUGUGAAUCAUGCAUGAUGUAUGCAAUCGUUGCCUGCCUGCUAUCUUAACACAAACUAACCAGGCAUGAGGAGGCAACUGCAAAAAGUGCAGUGAAAAAAUCACGAAAAAUAUGAAGCAAUCUACGCUGGAUUAUUUUUUUUUUUUUGAGAAACGACAUGCAAUUACUGUAUUUAGCAUGCAAGGGUGUCCUCGGCUCACUGUGUGCCAGUGACAUCUGUAGACUGGCCACGCGCCCGCCUGUAAGCUGCCCAGAGCUGUGUUGUCCUCCAACGCUGUAGCUCUGCGUUGGCUGGAUGGCGGGCCUGCAGAGUGAAAAGAAGCAGUCGGCUGACAGCACACAUUUCGGAGGACAGCGUGUGUUCGUCUUCGCCGCUCCCGAGUCAACGCAGGGGUGGUAGCGGUGAGCUGAGCUUAAAAUACAAUUGGACAUAACAAAUUGGGAGAAAAACUGGUUAAAAUCAAUUAUUAUUAUUUGUUUAUUUAGUAGACGCCUUUAUCCAAGGCGACUUGCAAAGACUAGGGUGUGUGAACUAUGCAUCAGCUGCAGAGUCACUUACAACUACGUCUCAGCCGAAAGACAGAGCACAAGGAGGUUAAGUGACUUGCUCAGGGUCACACAAUGAGUCAGUGGAUGAGGUGGAUUUGAACCGGGGACCUCCUGGUUACAAGCCUCCUGGUUACAAGCAAUUUGCGACUACUAAAUGUAUUUAAUAAAAUAAAUAAGUACAAUAAAAACAAACCUAAAACUUGACAAAGUAGUACUAUAGUCAAUAGUAUAAAUGCAGCAUCCAGAUAAAGUAAAACUGUGGACAAUAACUGUAUUCGAAUCAGAGAUCAACAAGGGGCUGAUUUAAAACCAAUAGCUGAGCUGUCAUAGUAAAUCUGAUGAUACAGAUGUGAAGUGCAUAGAGGUUCACUUUCAUGUGAAUGUCAAUGGAAUUUGCAUACGACUAUGGAGGCCGCCAGAAGAAGCCUUUCCUUGUGCCAUGUAAUGAUUUGAGUAUGCUUGUGUGUGCGUGAUCUGUAUUAAAUAUUGUUUUGCCCUCCAAAUAUACGCCAAAACCUGCAUUUGAAUCCUUGGUAUUGAUAGUAUAGCUGUUAGUUAUUUGUCUGUUUAGUUAGAUCCCUUGUUUUAAAUAUUUCUGUUUGUUCAUCUUUUAAGUAAUGUAUAAUGUACUGGGUUUUCUUGACCAUGUCAACUUGUAAAAGAGUGUAACCUUAAUAAAGUUUGUUAGUGUUAUUUCAUA